UAAUGAACUCUCCCUGGUGUAAACUUCCGCCGGUAGUGAAACAUCGAAGACGCACGUGGGGUUAGGUUGAUAUUAAAUCUCCGACCCUCAAACACCAAUAUUUGGGGUUGCUACUGAUGAACCACUCAACAUGACAUCGACAAUGGAGAAGGAAGUAUCAACAUCCAUUAAACUGUUUAACCAGAUUACAGACGUAAGCCUAUCAGUCACACAGCAUGUACAGAAUCUUAUCCAAAAGGUGAAGAAUGGAGACAUUUCCACAUCAAAGGGAAUAAGUUUGUUAGAAGGGAAAUAUCAGAUGUUGCUCAGUUACCUCACCAAUCUUUCUCUCCUGAUGCUGAGGAAGUCUUCAGGGGAGUCAAUCCAGGAUGAUCCAGUCAUAAUGAGACUUGUAGAGAUUAGGACGGUGCUAGAGAAAAUACGUCCUAUAGACCAGAAGUUGAAGUAUCAGAUUGACAAACUGCUGAAGAUGGUGAGCACAGGAGCUGCAGGAACAGCAGACCCUUUAAGAUUCAGACCGAAUCCCGGAAACUUGAUUAGUAAGCUUGAUGAAGCAGACUCUGCCAGCGAUUCUGAUGAGGAGGCCGAAACGCGAUCCAGGAGAAAGUCUGAUCCACUCAAACUUUAUGUCCCUCCCAAGCUGGCUGCUGUUCAUUAUGAUGGAGAAGAAACCCAGACGGAGAGAGAGCAGCGGUUACUGGAGAGAGCCAAAAGGAAAGCUCUAAGCAGUAGUAUGAUACAGGACCUGAGACAAGAGUAUAGCGAGGGCCCACAGGAGAUCAGGGAGUCAAGAAAUUUGCAUAGACUUAAAGAUGACAAGAAGACAAAGGAGCGAACUGAAUAUGAAGAAGAUCACUUUGUUAGGCUGUCUGUCUCAAAGAAAGAAAGGAACGCCAUGAAGCAGAUGUCGACUCUGUCCGCCCUGGAUGGACUCACACACUUUGAUGAUAUAAGUGCCCUUGGAGGUGGGGGUGGUGACCUUGAAACGGGUGGUUCUUCAUCCAAGAAGAGGAAAUUGUCUGGUAAAAAGGGAAAGAAGAGCUUGAAAGGCAAACACAGGUCCGUGAAGAAAAGAAGACGUAAUUAAGGCUUGAUUUUAUGCUGUUCACAUUGUUAAGGUUGACUGUGGUUGCACAAGGUACAAUGCAAGACAACUAGUGU